GCCUACCCGCUCGCGUUUGCACCGUCGUCGAUUUAAAAUGGUUAUACUGAAAGGAAUCCCAUCAAUACUUACACCUGAAUUACUGUAUGUUUUGGCGCGAAUGGGUCAUGGAGAUGAAUUGGUUCUUGCAGACGCAAAUUUUCCAACCGCAUCUAUUUGUAAAUGUGGUCCAGCGGAGAUAAGAGCAGAUGGUUUAGGUAUUCCAGAACUUUUAAAGGCAAUAAUGAAGCUUUUUCCUCUUGACACCUAUGAUGAUCCGGCAGCUGUCAUGGAUCUUGUGCAAAGUGACAAAUUAAAGAUUCUAAAAGUGCCUAUAUGGGACCAGUACUCUGCCAUCCUGAAACAAGCAGGAUCAAAUGGUAGUUUCAAAUGUGUUGAGCGGUUUGCUUUUUAUGAGCGUGCCAAAAAUGCAUUUGCUGUAGUGGCAACCGGGGAGACUGCACUGUAUGGAAACCUCAUUAUCAAGAAAGGUGUAAUUUCACCUGAUGAACAGUGCUGAGCUGUUUGUUCCAAAAGUUAUUAGACCAAAAUAAUGCAUUGUUAAUACACAGAAAAAAUAAAACCAAUUACUUUACAAAAAUGUUAUUAUUUAUGUUAUUAUAUAAACAUUUGUAAACAAAAUGAUAAAUAUUUUUAAGGAUUUAAAUGUUGAAGUACAAAAAUUAUAACAACAAUACUGGAAGUAUGAGUCAAUGUAUAUAUUAUUAUGUAAAAACAUAUGUUUUAUUUUAUAGUGCAAGAAUCAGACAGUACAUACAAGAUGCUUUCCAAGGGUUUAGACAUACUGGAGCUGUUUUUUCUUCCUCUGUGCAACAGGUGUAGCUCAAUACCCGUCUGGCACCAUUUCAUUUUGUUGCAUUUAUUUUGGCAGUAUACACCAGCUGAAUUGAGUUUUGUGGAAAAAAUCUACAAAAUCUCCUAAAAACAUUGUGGAAUUUCUUCAAUGCGUUGCAUAAAUAAAAA